GGGCAUCUGAGCCAGUGUUGAACGUGGUUUGAACAGCAAGUGUAACCAGGACAAGCUGGUUUGGAAACUGGGGUUCAAACCAGUUCGGAGCGCUCAGUCCAGUAAUCAGAAGCCUUGCUCUGCCUGACACACGUGGCCAGAGCAUGUUAAACAGAACAUGGCACGCUCCCCUUACUGGCACCCAGCUCCCCACUCUGCUGAUGUUUUGGGAUGAGGAGAGGUAAACUAGCCCACAAUUGGCAGAGCAGGCAGUGGGGUCAGGGGAAACUGGCAGCAGAUGAUAUGAGGCUGUUGGGGGAGCAGGAGAAAAAUCCUAAAUACCCAACGCUCCCAUUUCAUGCAAGAAUCUGAACAAGACCAGUCCUUACAUUUGACCUAUAUGGCCUGAAUGGGUACUGUUGGGGUCACUGACGCCAGAGGAAACAGGCUUAAAAAACCUGCAUCCUUCAUUAUGGAUCAUUUACUGUAUUGGUGGAGAACGGAUUUUCCUGUCUGAGGAAAAUGAACCAAAUACCCUGGAGUGACGCUCUCUGCAUGGUAGAGCAGAGCCCUGGUGUAGUCUUGCUGUAAAAAGAAAACCGGGUUGUUUCAAACCCUAAAUGUGAAUGGAAAUAUUGUCACCUGUUUUUUCAAUUUCUGAAAUGAUAUUUUGCCAGGCCCAUGCACUGGAGAAAUCCAUCCUGACCAGCUGCUGCAGGAGAGCUAGAAAGUGAAACCGACUAGUUUCAUUGCCCCCAAUGCAGAAUGUGCAAAAAGCAAACGGGGUCUGUGGUGUCAAAUACAUUUCCUGUUUCACUGAGACACUUGAGAAACUUGCUCAGUAAGGCCUGGUCAAAACACCAGUUUUGUACUGGUGUAACUAUGUCAGUUAGAGAUAUGAUGUUUUUACCUAAGUAGUUAGGCUAGUACGUAAACUACGGUGGGCACAGAGUACAGGAGUAACUAUAGUGGUCUAAAGCAUUGUUAUACCAAUAUGACUGUGGUCGCACUUGGGGGUGUUCUCAUGCUUUAAUUAAACUGGUGUAGUUAAAGCAACACAACUUGCUGUUGUAGAUAAGGCUUAGCUGUGUGCAAUGCCAUGAAAGCCCUGGAUUAUCUCAACUGUGCUAUCAUUGUGGCUGCUGUCCAGUAAUGCACAACUCCAGGAAACUAGGUUCCCUGGGUCCUUGUCUCCUCCCACAGGAUGCUGAGGGCAGCCCUGUGUGCCGUCUUUCUCUUAGGCGCCCUGCCAUCAUUGGCCAAGGAGUCCCGAGGGCAUGUCUCAGUCGUCUUGCUGGGAGCCACGGGGGACCUGGCCAAGAAGUACUUGUGGGAGGGGCUGUUCCACCUCUACCUGGACCAGGUGAGCAGCGGCCACAGCUUCACUUUCCACGGGGCUGCGCUGACGGCGCACGAGCCAGGGCAGGGGCUGAUGUUUGAGGUGCUGAAGAAGCUGGCCUGCCCGUCGGACGUGUCCCCCGACAGGUGCGCUGUGGUCAAAGACCAGUUCCUCAAGCUGAGCCGGUAUCACCAGCUGAAGACAUCCGAGAACUACACUGCCCUGAAUCGGGAGAUUGAGACCCUGCUCCAGCAGGAGGGGCUGGAGGAAGCCGGCAGGAUCUUCUACUUCUCGGUGCCGCCCUUCGCCUACGCGGAGAUCGCCCGCCACAUCAACGGCAGCUGCAGGCCGCGCCCCGGAGCCUGGCUGCGGGUGGUGCUGGAGAAGCCUUUUGGCCAUGACCUCAAGUCAGCCCAGCAGCUGGCCAUCGAGCUGAGGACUUUCUUCCGGGAAGAGGAGAUGUACCGGGUGGAUCACUACCUUGGCAAACAGGCUGUGGCCCACAUCCUGCCUUUCCGAGACCAGAACCGACGGUUUCUGGACCCAAUCUGGAACCGGCAUCAUGUGGAGAGAGUAGAGAUUGUCCUGAAGGAGACUCUGGAUGCUAAAGGCCGCACCAGCUUCUAUGAGCAGUACGGGGUCAUCCGCGAUGUGCUCCAGAACCACCUCACCGAGGUCCUGAUGUAUCUCGCCAUGGAGCUGCCGGCCAACAUCAGCAGCACUGAAGACGUUCUCCGGCGCAAGCUGCAGACCUUCAAGGCAUUGCAGGGCCCGGAGAGCACCAGCGCGGUGCUGGGUCAAUACCAGGCCUACGCCAGCCAGGUGCGGGAGGAGCUGCAGAAGGCACAGGACUACGUCAGCACGACGCCGACCUUUGCAGGUGUGUUGAUUCAGCUAGACAGCCUGCGGUGGGAGGGAGUCCCCUUCCUCCUCACCUCUGGCAAAGCCCUGGACGAGCGGGUAGGCUACAUCCGUGUCCUCUUCAAGAACCGGGCCUACUGCACCCAGCGCGAGAGCCUGAGGGAGGCAGGGCAGAGCCAGUGUGGAGCCAAGCAGAUCAUAUUCUACAUCGGGCACGGGGAGCUGAGCUGUCCUGCCGUGCUGAUCAGCAGGAACCUCUUCAAGCCCAUCAUGCCAGAAGACAGCUGGAAGGAGGUGGCGGAUCGCCCGCAGCUGCACCUCUUCGGGCUCCCGCUGUCUGAUUACUACGUGUACAGCCCCGUGAAGGAGAGAGAGGCUUAUUCUGUCCUCAUCUCCAGCAUCUUCCAUGGCAGGAAGGACUCCUUCAUCACCACUGAGAACCUGCUGGCGUCUUGGGAGUUCUGGACCCCACUGCUGGACAGCUUAACCCAGCAGGUCCCACGCUUGUACCCGGGGGGCCUGGAGAACCAGCACCUCCUGGACUUUGAAAUGGUGGGCAGGGAGCUGUCCUUCACGCUGGAGGAGCCGGUGGAACUGCUGCACAUCGACGGGCAAAAGCCGGGCGACUACAGAACCAUCCAGGCCAAGUUUCGGCAAAGCCCCUUGGUCUCGGCUUGGCCGGAGGAGCUGAUCGCCCGGGUGGCAUCAGACAUUGAGACGGCGGCGGCCGAGGCUGUGGCACGCUGCGGCGAGUUCCACCUGGCCCUGUCGGGCGGCUCGAGCCCCAUUGUCAUGUUCCGGAGGCUGGUGACCCACCACUACGGCUUCCCAUGGAGACACACCCACUUGUGGCUGGUGGACGAGCGCUGCGUGCCGCUCGCCGACCCAGAGUCCAACUUCCGCAGCUUGCACGACCACCUCCUCCAGCACGUCCGGGUGCCCUACCUCAACAUCCACCCCAUGCCGGUGCACCUGAACCGGCGGCUGUGCGUGGAGGAGGACCGGGGGCCAGAGCUGUAUGCCAAGGAGAUUGCAGCGCUAGUGAACAACGCCAGCUUGGACUUUGUGCUGCUGGGGCUGGGCUCUGACGGGCACACGGCCUCGCUCUUCCCGCGUUCAUCCAGCGGCCUCGAAGGGGCCCAGACAGUGGUGCUCACGGAGAGCCCCGUCAAACCCCACCAGAGGAUGAGCCUCAGCCUGCCUCUCAUCAACAAAGCCAGGCAGGUGGCCGUGCUGGUGAUGGGGAAGGGGAAGCAUGAAAUCACAACCCAGAUGAGUAGAGUGGGGCAGGAGCCCAAAAAAUGGCCUAUUUCAGGGGUCAACCCCAGCUCUGGCCAGCUGGUGUGGUACAUGGAUUAUGACGCUUUGCUUGGAUGAUCUCUUGGUUUAUCCUCCCCUCAUGCCUGUCCCAUUGCCCCCUGGAGCCUUGAUUUUCGAACACUGCACACAGGCUCCUGUGUUUACAAUAACAGCUCCUGCUCUGAACAGUCCCUCUAACUUUUGUGAAGAUCCAUUGGCUGUAACGGCUCUGUCAUCUGAGCCUAGAAAAGGGGGCGGCUCAGCGCUCAGAGAUCAGCGUUGUAUUCCUGACUUUACCCCUGACUGCUUCUGGGACCUUGGGCAAGCCACGUCGCUGCUCUGUGCCUCAGUUUCCCCCACACCCUAUGGGGUUAAUAAUACCUACCUACCUCGCAGGAGCCAUCCAAGACCACUCUGAUUAAUUGCCUGCAGAGCUCUUGAGGAUUCUCAGAGGAGAGGAACAGAGAGAAGCGCAGUGUUACUGACUGCUAAUGUUCACCUCUGAUCAGACAGGCUGACAGAAGCAUUUUCACGGUGGCCAGAGGCCCAGUCACAGUCCCAUUCAGAUUGUGCUCUAGUCCCGUAUGUGCCAACCCUUUACUUCAGCAAAAUACUGACCAUUUUCCCACUCUCUUCCUCUAUGGAGUCUCCUAGGGCUGGUCUACAUUGGGGGGGGGAUCGAUCUAAGAUACGCAACUUCAGCUAUGAGAAUAGCGUAGCUGAAGUCGGCGUAUCUUAGAUCGACUUACCUUGCGUCCUCACGGCGCGGGAUCGAUG